UUUCUGUCUCUCUGCCCUAACAGAGCACUUUCAUAUGCAGUCAGAAUCUCUGAUAAAACCCUUAAUGCAAACAAUAUCGCACCAGCACUACAGAGUUCGUGUUGAUGUAAUUCAGGCUACUGGAGCAGUGAUACAAUUUGGAAAUGGAAAGUCUGUGGAUGAUGUUGUGUCUCAUCUGGCCCAGAGAUUUUUUGAUGAAAUUCCCAAGGUUCGGCAUGCUGUAACAACUGUCAUUGGAGAAUGGUUGUUGCACCUACGAGACAGAUACUCAUAUUUUCACAAGUUGAUCCCUUUGUUACUUAGCAGCUUUACUGAUGAAAUUCCUGAAAAUACAAAACUGGCUUGGACUUACUGGGAAAAGAUAGGCUUGCAGUGGGAGAAGGAAAAUGAAGAAGAUCUGAAGGAUAAGAUGGAUUUUAGUGUUUCACCAUCUCAUUAUCCCAAAGGAGUGACUCGACCAGGUCUAGGUUGUCGGGAACUUGUUUCAAGAAACCUCUCCAAAAUUCUGCCCGGUCUCUGUCAUGAUAUCACAGACUGGGUUGAAAGCACAAGAAUAAAAGCAUCCCAGCUUCUGUAUACAUUAUUGCUACAUGCAGAGGAUCACAUAACACAGCACAUGGAGCUGCUGCUUAGAACUUUGUACCAAGCAUGCUCAGAUGAAGAAAGCAAUGUGGUUAAAAAUUGUGUGAAAGCAGCAGAAUUGAUCGGAACGUUUGUCAGCCCUAAGGUGUCAUUGAGAUUAAUCACAUCAGCCUUUGGGAAGACACCUAAGCCAUCUUGUAUAAUGGUUCUAACUGCAGUGAUUCGAGGUAGCCCAAGAGAAAUCUUACAGCCUCAUUUGACUGAUCUUGGGAACAUGCUGUCGCAAGCUGGAGUUUGUCAGCAAUCUGAAGAGGUCUUUUAUAUGGAGCAGUUACUUAGCUGUGUACAAGCACUGAUUGAAGUAUGCCAGGAAGACUGCAAAGAAAUCAGCUUGCAGCUAAUGAAAGUUUUGGUGGCAAUAAUGGCAAUACCAUGUUCUCAGCACCUUAAAGAAAAGGUGGAGGAAACAAUGUCUUCAUUAGCUGAAGUGCAGCAAUUCGAUAGUUUUCUUUAUCUCUACCAACAGCAUAUAAUUCAGCUUAUGGAAUGGGUUUCAGUAUCAUGUGAUAGCUGGACGUGCUAUUCUCCAGAAAUAUUACAGUUAGAUGUCAUCGCAACUCAUUCAGGUCAUGUCAUAGGUGAAGCUCUAAAUAACUUCAUUCUCAUUCUUAAGACUUGUCUUCAGCCAAACAAAGAUCCCCAGAUGCGGUUAAAACUUUUCACUGUUUUAUCACAGUUGCUCCAGAAAGCAAGUGAAACAGUCAAUUCUCAGGGGCUGUUCCCUAGCUACCUUGAGAUUGUGAUAAAAGACAUACUAGCUCCUAAUCUGCAGUGGCAUGCUGGAAGAACAGCAGCUGCCAUCCGCACUACAGCUGUAUCAUGCCUUUGGGCUCUUAUUCACUGUGAAAUGCUUUCACCAGAAGAGGUCUUAAAAGUCAAAGAUGGGCUAAUGCCUCAAAUUAUUGCUGCCAUGGAUGAAGACUCUAAAAUUACUCGACUGAUGGCUUGUCGUAUUGUUGAUGUUCUUAUAAAAGUCUGUGGGAGGCAGUUUGAAGAAGAUAAAUUUACCAAUACUUACACAGAAGUUUUAAAGCGUCUGGAUGAUGCUUCAUCUGAUGUACGACUGGCAGCUGCUCACGCCUUAACGAAUUGCUUUAAGUGCUUAAAGAACAGUGAUGUGAAAUCUGCAAUGGAAGGUCAUAUUGAGUUUCUGUACCAAGAACUGUUGAUACAUCUUGAUGAUCCAGAUCAAAAUAUCCAAAAUGCAGUCCUAGAAGUUUUGAAGGAAGGAAGCAGUUUAUUUCCAGAACUGCUCGUGAGAGAAAUUGAAGCAGUUGCACAUAAGCAUCAGACGCCUGUCUACUGUAAUCAACUGCUCCAUCACAUUCAGUCAGCCAAAGAAACAUCUUUAUGA